CCUUUUACGCACGAUCUCCUGUUUGCACCCCGCUGGCUGCGGGCGCACAGCAGCAAUCUCCUGUCUUGGCUCAGUGCGCUCCUACCGAUAGACCCGACAGCAGCACCUGAAGCGGCCGGUUUUUACUUAAAUAUCGCAUGGACCCUUCUUUUCUAAAAAAGAACAAGUCUUUUUCACCUUCCCAAUGGACAUUUACGCUUCAGCGCUGUCACCGGCGUUGGACAUCGGCACAGGAUGCUAUCUGCUGGUUUUAACUGUGCUCUCUGUUGUGGGAAACCUGCUUGUCCUCACCAUGGCAUUCAGGAGAUCAUCAAGGCUGAAGCCGCCAGAGCUGCUAAGUGUGAAUUUGGCCGUGACAGAUCUUGGAACAGCCGUCACCAUGUAUCCCCUGGCCAUUGCCUCUGCCUGGAGUCACCACUGGCUUGGUGGAAAUGCUUCCUGCAUUUACUACGGCCUGGCAGGCUUCUUCUUUGGGAUUGCCAGCAUCAUGAACCUCACCGUCAUGGCCAUUGUGCGUUUUGUUGUGUCCCUCAAUCUGCACUCUCCAAAGGAGAAGAUCAGUUGGAAGAAGGUGAAGAUACUGUGUUUGUGGACCUGGCUGUACGCCUUGAUCUGGGCUCUGUUCCCUAUUCUGGGCUGGGGCCGGUACGGUCCGGAGCCCUUCGGCCUCUCCUGCUCUCUCGCCUGGGGACAAAUGAAACAUGAGGGCUUCUCUUUUGUCAUCUCUUUGUUUUCCAUGAACCUGCUGAUGCCUUCUAUCAUCAUCAUUUUCUGCUACUUUGGCAUAGCUAUAAGGCUUUAUUUCACCUACAAGAAGUCGCCGACCAACAAACAUGUCCCCAAUAUCAUCAAACUGCAUCGAAGGCUUCUAAUUAUCGCUGUUUUGAUCAGCGCUGGCUUCCUAGGCUGCUGGGCGCCCUAUGGAUUGGUAAGCCUCUGGUCCAUUUUGAAUGACAGCAGCAAAAUCCCUCCUGAGGUCAGUCUGCUGCCUUGCAUGUUUGCGAAGAGCUCCACCGUGUACAACCCUUUGAUCUACUACUUCUUCAGCCAAAGUUUCAAAAGGGAGGUGAAGCAGCUGUCAUGGCUCUGCAGAGGCUCCAAUCCGUGCAGGGUUACCGACAGCGUCAACGACAACAACAUUUACAUGGUUAGCGCUAACAUCAAGUCCAAAGAAGUAGCGCUUGAAACUUUGCAGGAGAUCACAGAGUCAACAAAGUGACUCUGGGGUAAAGGAAUCGGGACAUGCAUCAAAUCUAAGACAGCAAACUUAUCAACUCUCAUCUUUUCAGGAUAGAAAAUCAUCUUCUGCAUUUUCUUUUUCAUCACCAGAUAACGGGGGUCCUCUGGUGCACUGGCAGGAUGAGUAAAAAGCACUGUGUUAAAUGUUGUGAAUGUUCAACCAACAACAAUCAUGAAAGUGUAUUAAAUUCAAGCUUGGAGUUUGCACCCGUAAAGACUUCUGGGUACAUUUACAGAAGAAAUGAUGACAACAGUUUUAAAUUUUACGUUAUACUUUAUUAGUUCUAGCAGGUUUAGCAGUAAAAGUGAUAUAGCGGUGAAGAGGUGGCUGAGAACAAACUCAGAUGUAACAUCGACAUAAACACAGAGAAAGUUCAUUGUUUGAUUCAACAACUGUGCUGUCCUUGAAGUCCACAUGGAUGCUGCCUCUAAAUUCAUGCAAGAACACAAGAUUGUAAGAAGCUGCUAUUCUUCUGCUUAAACCUCAUAUUGUGAUGUGUAAAUAUAUAAAAAAAAAAAACGUCAGAACAUGCAGUAAUUGGUAUUAUCUAGCUGUAACCACACACUCUGAAACAGACUUGUAAUAAAAGUGUAACUAUACUCUUAAAAUCAAUUUUAUUUACCCAGUAAUACAUUUUUUUAAAGGCGUAUAAGUGCUAAUGUUACAUCAGAAAAGCACAAUUUAGGGGGAAAGAAGAGCAGGAAUAAGUAGGACUCAGGGGCUCUGCUUCUACGUAUGUCAAAUUUCAGAUUAAGGGUUAAAUCUCAUUCCUAGCUAUUUAUUUAUGUCGUUAUCAGACACUCCAAAGAUGGAGCUUUUCUCGCUGUUUUACCAGAAUAGUGGCUAAAAUGUGGGUAAAAACACCUGGUUAUAAACAGAGUCAACACAUAAGUAAAUGCAUUUUAAAAGUCACUGUUUGUGUACUUUAAGUGACUGGUUACAUCAUGUAUUGCAUGUUGAUACUGUUAAAGCCUUGUAUGACAGACAUACUGAAGAGCACAGUAACACGGUCUUACCACCACUUCUAAAUGUUUUCCACACUACAGAUAGCUCAUAAACUGGAGAAUACUUUAGCACCAUAAAGCUGUUUAUUUGUUUAGCUGUUGGACAUUUAUAUUGGCCCAAUAGAUGUCGAUUUACAAUGACACAAUAAACCUUUAAACCAUCCACCUUUCUGCUCUGCAACUGUUUAUAUAUGUUCCCCCAUCAUGUUUUGGCACAUAAUCCUCAUCCAGUAAAUGUUAAACAGACUGAACACAGCAAUCAGUUACGUUAAGCACAUUGAUCAGCAGAUUAACAUGUUUUAAUGCUUGUAGUUCCUAAUUGGUGGCACCCUAACAGGGAGCCUUGUUGAAAGAUAAACUUAAUUUGCUGUCAGAAACUGUUUUUUAAUCUGCAUUAUUUUUGUAUCUUCAUCCUUCUUUCCAUUCACCCUGAUUAGCUUCCCUGUUCUUACUGAAUAAUAUCCCACAGCAUGAUUCUGCCACCACCAUGUUUCAGCCCUCUAUUCAAUUUUUGUCCCAUUUAACCAGAAGACCCUCUUUAAUUGGGGGUGGUGAAUACAAGAGCAUCUCACACUUUAAUCAUUUUAAGAUUGGAACCAAAAAGCUUUUGAAAACCACAUAUCAUUAUAUCUCCUUAUCAAAUGUAUGCAAUGCUUUGCUUUGGUCUUAAAGCUUAAUAGGUCACCCAAAAGUCUGUUAUUUAAAUGUGACAAUGCCAAUAAUAUCAAAAUACUCUUUCAGGACACUGUACAAUUAAUAACCUAUGAAGAUAUAAAGAUUGAGACAUUGCUUAAUGUCAAAUACACUCUGACCAAACCAACACACUGUAGCUUAAUACGGAGUAUUUAAUGCAUUUGGUCAGAAGGAUGGAUUAACAUAGUUUUUCU